AAAAAAGGCAUGUACACACCACCUACGUUCCUCCACCACCGACGAUCGACCGCCAAACCUCUCCUCUGAUCUUCUCGUCGUCUCCGUUCACUGCGGUAGCAAGCUGCACUCACUCCCAAACAAGGGUUACUCCAACCAAGCCACCAUCGCUUCGUCUUCAUUUACCGACACAAAAUAACUACUUAUUUAAUCGAUUAUCAUUGUUUCCGACACUUCGCAGGUGUUGAUAGGGCCGGCUGAUAUGAUGUUACCUGUAACGUACUCAGGCUGUAACGCCUUAGAUGGAAUGUCAUCUUCGUCGUCCGCGGAACAAUCUCGACGGAGCAAAAGCAAGUUCAUCACUAAGCCUUCAUGGCUUCUGCUCUCGAUUUCUGAUUUGGAGGAUAAAAUACAAGCAAUCAACGGAGAAGAGAAGCCAGACACGUUUGGCGAACGUGCAGACUUCUACUACCGGAAACGCCCUGAACUACUAGCCUUACUCCAAGAGCUCUACAAUCGUUAUCUCUACUUGGCUGAUCGUUACACUCGAACGCUCUCUAAGCAACAAUUACGUCAUCAUGAAGUAAUAUGCCCUCCUGUAGAUGAUAAUAACAACACCAAUGCUGAUUAUUCAGACGAUGCUGAAAGCUCACUCUCUUACCAGCCUCCAGCCGAUACGCAAAAACCCAUUGCGUCCGAGCUGGUAAUAUCAGAGCUUGUGAUGAGAUUUGUGGAGUACGAGAUCGUGGUGGAUGAGGUGCAAUCUUUGGAUAUGAUUCAGGAAGAGUCUAAAAAGAAGAUAGAGUUACAGAAAAGUUUGUUAGAGGUGUUAGAAUCGGAGCGUGUGGUACUAACAAACGAGAACAGUAGGCUAGCGUCAGAGUCAUUGUUCAUGAAGCGUAAGGCAGGGGAGCUGGCACGAUGCGUGUUGUUGGAAAGGAGCGAAGAUCAGCGUGUGUUUGUGCUGAGUCGGAAGAUCGAUGAUCUGCAAGGGCAGAUAUACGAGUUGGAGAAACGUAACAAAGAGUAUUACGACAAGUUAAAGAAACAGCAUGAAUCAUCAGAAGGGAAAUCAGGUAAGAAGAAUAUAAAGAGGUUAAUGGUGAAGAGCAAUGGUGGUGGUGGGAGUAGCAGCAGCAUUAGUUGGAGUGGUGGUGAAGAUGAAACAGGUUGUUCGAUGAGCAGUACAAGUAACAGCAGCAGCACAUGUACAAGUCUUGCUCAGGUGAUGAAGGAGAAGAAACAUCCAGGUGGGAGUGGGAAGAAGGUGUAUGGGUGGUGGGACCGAGUGAAGAAGUUUGACAUGUUCAUGUGUGGACCACAUCUUGAUGCAACUUGCUGUUAGUUGCUGCUGGGUUGGUAAUUAGUAAUUACCAUACUUAUUAAUGUUUGAUCUUUUGUUCAGAUAGUAGUCUCUCUCUAUAUAUAUAAUAUAGCUGUAGUCUGUAGGUAUGAUAUGGAGUCGCCUCUUUAAUUUGGUUACCUACUUGUGUUAAAACAGAAGAAGAAUAGUAGUUACUCGUAUAAGAAAUAUGGUAUUUUUGUC